GAUACGCACCGGAAACGGAAUUCCCAAAAAAAAAAAAAAAAAAAAAAAGCCCAGCGAGUCGUUACAGCUUUUCCUUCCUUGGUCUACGUUUUAUCAUUUCUAGAGAGAGAAAGUCGUAGAGAGAGAAAAAAACGAGUGACGAUGGAGGACGAAGCCGAUGAGCUCAGGGAUGGAGCCGCGGCAUCCGAGCCUGCUAACUGUGGCAAUCCUAACCACCAGGAGCUCACCACCAACAACAAACCCUCCAAAGCCAGAGAGGAAGGCGAACUUUCUUCCGAUGAUAACGACGACGACGUCAUCGACAACGAUGACGACGAAAACAAUGUUUGCUCAACGUCACAGUGCACUAGUACCGAUGCUCCUCCAGUAGGAUCAGAUCCUGUUCCUCCAACGAACAAUUGCACCCAGGAAAUUCAGGCGGGGAUGGCAGUUUCUGGAAUUAAUCUUGUAAACUCUGUUGAUAUUCAGUCCCAAUCAUCAAUACAAUCUGUUGUUCAGAAGUGCAUUGAGAAGAACCAAAUACCACCAAAAACUGCAACGUCUGGAUGGUGUACCCCUUCAGAGGCUACUGAUAAUCUGGUUAUAAGAUUCUCGGAUGAUGAAAGUGGUAGUGGUUCUGAAGAGUGCAUAAAAGAAAAAGCUUUAAGAACUAAAGGCAAGACAACUAGGUUGGGUGGUGUUCAAAAACCACCUGUUUCUUCAUAUGCAAAAUUGAACAAACAGAUUUCUACAUCUGUGAACAAAGUAAUGCCAAAGAAAUUGUCCUUCAAUCGUCCUUUUGUUGCAUCAACAACCAAAACACAUGGAACUAAUUUUAGAGGUGCUGGGCCCUCAUCAGUAGAGCAAGGAUAUCGAAUUGGAAGAUUUAAUUCCCUUAACAAGUAUUCGAGAAGUCAAGAGCAUGGAAAUGAUAAAGGUGUAUGUCUGAACAACAGUAAACUUCAAGACUUGCGGCAGCAGAUUGCACUUCGGGAGAGUGAACUGAAGCUUAGGUCUGUCCAACGAAGUAAGGAAGUGGCUUCAUGCAGGGAUAACGAUGCUUUGACUAUGAAACAUGCAACUUAUGGAGAAAGUGUACAACUAGAACCAAAAGAGCCGGAUAAGAAACGUGCAAAACCCAGUGGAACUUAUAUGAACCAGCGAAAUUCAGUUGGCCUGCAAGAUAUAUCUAGAAAAUCUACUUUACCAUCUAAAGAGCCAGUGAUGGAGGAUAAUAGUCUGCAAGGUGCAAUUAAGAGUGACCAUGGACUGAAAAAAAUUUCUGUGGGUAGAACAGAAUCAAGCAUGGUUAAAUGGGAUAAGCAUAAUGAUAAACAUGUGGCUCAUAUUUCAGAAAAUACAUCUCUGGGAGUGAAAGAUGCUGCUAAUGUUAAUACUAAGGGAAUUCAGUCUGACAAUAGUAAGCAAAUGGACCCUUCAGUCAUGUUGCACCCAGUUACAUCACUUGCAAAUGUGAAUUCCAAUGAUUUCACAAAGAAUUUAGAUAGUCUGGAGUUGAGUCAUCCUGGUAAAAUUAAUAAGCAUAAAGAGCCAAGUUCUUUCUUGACCAAAUCAGCACCAGGGAAAAGUUCAAUGAGAAGUGGUAAUGAUGACAUCUUAUCCGGUGAGAAGAUUCAAAAGUCCACAUUCAACAAUAGAUGUCAGGCAUCUCUAAACAAUGAAAGCCUCUGGAAUUGUUUGCCUAACGAAAGUGUCCCUGGACAUAACAACGUGAAUGUACAGUCAUUGGUUGAAAUGGAGGAAUCUUUGGACAAGGAUCUUGAUGAUGCACAAGAGCACAGACGCAGGUGUGAAAUUGAAGAAAGAAAUGCUUUUAAAACUUAUCGUAAAGCACAAAGGGCUCUGGCUGAGGCUAAUGCUAGAUGUAGUGAUCUAUAUCGCAAAAGAGAACUGUACUCUGCUCGCUUGCGGUCUUUUAUCAUGGACAACUCUGGUUUAUUCUAUUCCUCAAGACAGAAUGAGCAAGUUGGAAACGAGUUGGGUUGCCUAAAUGACAUGUCAAAUGAUGUAAUACCAACAUCAAACCAUCACUUGCAGCCUGAAUAUCAUGGUUCUAAUCCGCUAGGGUUUAAUUCAAAUGCCCAAUGUCUUAACAGGCAUGUGAAUGGACAGCACUUGGGUUCAGAACCAUGCAGUGAACCAGACGUUAGUACAUCGGAGCUACUGCCUCAUAGGGACAACACUGCUGCACAUGGAGUUUGCUCUCCAUCCAAUGAUCCAAAUAUUUCUGCAGAUGAAGAUGAAGAGACAUUUCCAUUUGAACAUGAAUCUGUUCAACCCAAUUUAGAGUGUCAUAGAAAGGAGAAAAGCUCUGAAGAUGGGCAAAAGGGAAAAAAUAAUGAGUCAAGCAGAAAAUUGGUGAUUGAUGGCUCCCAGGAUUCUCUUAUUCUUGAAGCAACAUUAAGGUCUGAACUAUUUGCAAGGCUGGGGAGAAAAAAUGUUUCUAGGGAUAGUGGUUCAUGUUACAAUAUGGAGUCUGCAGUUGAACAAGGGGCUGAAAAUGAUGUCAGAAGUAAUAUAAACCAAACAAGAAUUGAGUGCAGUCCACUCUCUGAGAUAGAAAGAAGUCAACAAUCUGAUCAUGCAGGGACUGAGAGACAAGAAAGAAGUAGCACUGAGGCUCAUGGUGAGAUGCAGAAUGACUGCUGCACCAUAAAUAGUUUGAACUCUCACUCCACUGUUAAUUCAGAGGACAACAGAUACUCCAAUAGAGAAGGUCACAGCUCAUUAAUUUCUGAGGCCUUUUCACCUCCUAAUGUCUUGAGGAGCACUUUUGGUCAUAUGAAAAUUAUAUUUCCAGCGAAUUUAAUGGAGUUGCAGGCUAGAAAUCAGCAGAUUCAUAGUAGUGAUAUUUAUCAUAAAGAAGGUGCUUGUCUAAACUCUAAAGAAGUACUAUGGAACAAUACAAAAAAAGACUCGAUCCAUGAGACUAUUGGGGAAUUAUGUGGAAGAGAAAUGGGCUCUUAUACAUCUAAUGUAGCAGUUGAUUCGUUUUGGCCACUUUGCAUGUAUGAGCUUCGAGGAAAAUGCAACAAUGAUGAAUGCCCUUGGCAGCAUGUUAAGGACUACUGUGACACAAUUUUGUACCAGAAUCAGCAUGAUGAUUCUGAUACCACGGAUUAUCUAAUUGGAUUAACAGUAAAUGAGAAAACUUGUAAUGCUGCAAGAAGUAUUCCCAAGUGUCAUGAUGUUAUGACGUCCCCACUAUAUCUAGUUGGCUUAGAUAUUCUGAAAGCUGACCUCCAUUUGUACGAAUCUGGACUAGCAUGGAGAAAUGGUCAUUGCUGGCAGAAGUAUUUCAGUCUUUCCCUGGCAUUAUCAAAUUGGUUUCAAAAGGAUUUACGUGCAGAUGGGCCAUUCUCAAAUGGUAGUGAUGGUCGCAUAGAGGUCAAUGGGAGUUGGAAUAGAAAGUUAUCGUAUUUAUUGAGUGAUGACAGGAUGAAUCAACUCAAACAGGGUUUGGCUGAUAAUGAUCAAGUUCUGGAAAUGGCUAUCUUAAUUUUCAAUGAGGAGGUUGACAAACUUGAGGGUAUGAAAAAGGCUCUCCCUGUGCUCUCUCGAGCACUUGAAGCUGAUUCAGCAUCCGUAAUUCUCUGGAUUCUUUAUCUUCUAAUAUAUUAUAGCAAUAUGAAGUCUGUAGGGAAGGAUGACAUGUUUUCUUAUGCGGUCACAAACAAUGAAGGAUCUUAUGAGCUCUGGCUAAUGUACAUUAAUAGUCGGAUAAAGCUUGAUGAGCGGUUGGAUGCAUAUGAGGCCGCCCUCUCUGCACUUUGCCGCCAUGCUUCUAACUUGGAUCGUAUUAAUGCGAGUGCUUGCAUCUUAGACCUAUUUUUGCAAAUGAUGGAUUUUUUGUGCAUGUCUGGGAAUUUUGGAAAGGCCAUCCAGAAAAUAUCUGGACUCGCCUAUCACGACAUGAAUUCUGAUGAGUCUCCUACUCUGUUGCUAUCAGAUACAGUCACAUGUCUGACACUUUCUGACCAAUGUAUAUUUUGGAUUUCUUGUAUGUACUUGGUUGUUUACAGGAAACUACCAGAUGCUGUGGUACAGCAAUUUGAAUGUGAGAAACAAUUCGUUGACAUUGAGUGGCCUUCAAUUCAUUUGAUAGAUAAUGAAAUACAGAGGGCUAUAAAGCUGCUCGAAACAGGAUUAUAUUCUGUUGAUGGACACAUGAAAACUGAAGCACUUGAAAGUGAUAAUCUCAGAUCUUUACAUUUUUUGGCUAUCAACCACAUCAGGUGUAUGGCAGCACUUGACAGGUCGGAAUGUUGUAGGAAUUUGUUGGAUAAAUAUCUUGGUUUGUAUCCAUCCUGCCUAGAGCUUGAGUUAAUAUCGGCACGAGUGCAGAAACAAGAUUGUGGGGAUCGGAAUUUUGUAGGUUUUGAGGAAACCCUUAGUAACUGGCCAAAACAUGUCCCUGGAAUUCAGUGUAUUUGGAAUCAGUAUGCUGAAUAUGUCAUCCAGAAUGGAAAAUAUGAUAUUGCAAAAGAACUUAUGGACCGUUGGUUCAACACUUCUUGGAAAGUUUGUUGUCUACAAAAUACUAAAUUGGGUGACAUGGAUGGGUUGCAAGGUUCAGCUGCAGCUUCAAUUCUGGACAAUCUUAAUUCUAACCUCAGUCAGCUUGAUGUAAUGUUUGGAUAUCUUAAUCUUUCUAUCCAUAAAUUAUUGCAAAAUGAUCGCCCUGGAGCUCAUUUAGCUGUUGACAAGGCAUUGAAGGCUGCUGUUCCUGAAUAUAAGAAGUUUUGCAUGAGAGAGCAGGCCAUGUUUUUGCUUACUGAUGAAUCACUAUUGAGGGAGAAUGCUCCUAUCAGUUAUGUGCUGAACACUUUGAAGCGAUACAUUAUUGAUGCCCAGGCACUCCCUGUCUCUGAGCCUUUGCCUAGAAAGUUUAUUAACAAUAUCAAGAAAACAAGAGUACGGCAGCUUAUGACUAACAUAUUCAGUCCAGUUUCAUCUGACUGUUCUCUGUUCAACUUGGUUCUUGAAGUAUGGUUUGGACCAUCUCUUUUACUUGAGAGGUCAAAUGAACCCAAGUAUCUGGUAGAUUUCGUUGAAGCCAUCUUGGACAUAUGUCCAUCAAACUAUGAAUUUGCUAUGUCUGUUUGUAAGCUGUUAAGCAGUCACAGCAACUGUAACAAUGUUAGUUCAGCAAGUAUGUUGUUUUGGGCAAGCUCCAGCUUGGUUAGUGCAAUUUUUCAUUGUAUCCCAAUUCCACCAGAGUAUGUUUGGGUAGAAGCUGCAGGCAUUUUGGGCAAGAUAAUGGGUAUAGAGGUCAUUGCCGAAAGAUUUUAUAAGAGAGCUUUAUCGGUAUAUCCUUUCUCUGUCAAGUUGUGGAAAUCCUAUGGAAAUACGAACACUGUCAUGGAAGCAGCAAAAGAGAGGGGCAUAGAUCUUAGUUAAAAAUUUGUUUCUUCGAAGUGUUAGAAAUGUAGGAUCAGAGUUGUUUUAGAUUUUGGGGCCAGGCCAGUUCUGCUUUUUAAUUUGGCGGAUGGUGGCCUUGAUUUAUGAAACGUUAAAACUGUGAAUUUAGGAUCUACAUGAAGUUAGUUGUAAUGGGAAUUUCACCAACAUGGCAAGGUGAAGAAGAUUUUGUUUGAAGAGUAGAUAUCAGUCAGAAAGUGUUUAGGUUUUGUUGUUAUUGUUUUUUUACAGUAGAAUUGCUUAGCUUAUAAUUUCCCCACAUGUAACUGUAAUUACUUUUACAGUAUUGUACUUAAAGCCUAUAGGUUUGAAAAAUGAUAUUGGAUUUUUUUUUAGUAUAUGCCAAUUUGUCCUCUCUAUUUUCUAUA